GUGAGUCACCUUUACGGACACGUGCUCUACUCCCAACCGUCCACGUACUCAACCUAAUGUAACUCAUCAAUCCCGCCAAUUCAACAAAGCAAAAGCUUCCCUUUCAAUAUUCCAUUUGCGCGUUUUCUUCUCCAAACGCAAGGUGGCAAAGAAACAGAGCCCCAAAAAACAAAACCUACCAAAAAUACAGAGCCAUUGAUGCUCUUCUCUCCCUGGUCCGAAUUCCCUUCAAAAGAUUGUAACAUCCUGUAUUCCAGAAGAGAAGAAAUACAAUACAGGAAGCAGCUAGCUGUUCUAUUUGGCUGAUUUGCUUCCCCAUGGACAGCUGUCGAGAUGAUGUUUCGCAUGACAAGAAUGAAAAUAAGCCAAAAGGUGAAGCAGCUGAAUUCACUCAUACUGAGAUCAACAAGGAGGAGUUUCUAAAUCCAAAUUCUGAAAAUAAUGUGCAAGUUAACAUUGUCAAAGGUAAAGAUGGGAAAAAUGUUAAUCAAGAUGCAUCCCCUUUAGAGAUCGAUGCUCCUGGGGAGGUAAAGGAGGCCUCCAUAUUAGAAGACGAUGUUAUACGUGCAGGAGGUUUUGGUGCUAGAGAUGAUAUUAGCAGUUUUCUUCCCGUUGCAAGUGAUUCUACUGACUUUGAAGCCAUGAUACGUGAUGCCCGUGAAUAUGAAGAACCGCAGGGUGAAGUAUGCAGACCAGGUCUUGGCUGGAAAGAAACUACAAUACAAAAGUAGUUGCCAGUCACUGCCAAGUAUGUAUUUAGUGUUACUCAACUUUUGUGCUACUUCUUGGCUGUUGGUUUUUAGUAUUUAGUGUCACUCAACCCUUGUGUUACUUCUUUGUUGUUGUGGGUUUUUACUUUUUAGUAAGCUCUGAAUAUAUUGCUAUGAAUUUGACUAUAUCAUCAAAUAAUUCAGGUUGCUGUUGCA